GUCAGCGCCCCAUGCCCCACCCUCAAGGCCCUGUGCUCCUCCCAGCUGCCUCCCCUUCUAGUCUGGAGAGAGCCAAGGAGAGCAAUGGGUUCCCGCUGCACCAAGCUCAGCACCGGCCACGGCACAGGCCACGGCACGAGCCACGGCAGGGGCCAUGUCAGGGGCCACGAAUCCACCAUGAAGAAGCUCCUGGCCUGCGUGAGUCAGGAUAACUUCUCCUUGUCAUCAGAGGAGGAAGAGGAGGAAGAAGAAGAGGAGGAGGAAGAAGAAGAAGAGGAAGAGGAGGAGGAGCAGCUCCCGGUGAAGGGCAAGCUGUUGCUGAUGGAGCCCGGGCAGGAGGAGAAUGCUGAGGACAAGCCCGAGGCCCAGCAGAGCCCUGAGCCCAAGCAGACGCACUCCUGACCCAUGAGAACGUCCCAGUGAGGGGUGCUGCUGCCGUUCCUGUGAGAACUUUCAGAAAAGAGUCAAUAAAAAGUCUCCAAGGA